AAUAUUUUUCUUGGGAAACUAAACCAUCCCAUCGGAUAAAUUCUUUCACUAUAAAUUUGGCUCACAAUUUAAUUUAUGUCAUAAUCGGUCAUCUUUACAACAAAAAAAUGGCAUCUGCAGCAGCUGGUAGAUCAGGGGCUCAAACGUUCAACUCUAUGUAUUUCAAGCCAAUGUUGAGGAAAGCUUAUCACCGGAAAAGUGGUUCGCCAGAAAUGAUGAGCGAUUCAGUGAAAUCAAAUGGGGAGGAGGUAAAUCAUAUGAAGGCAGUAGGAGUGGCGGCCGGUGGCGGAGGAAGCGGGGACACUGUAUGGUGGGUUCGAGACGAUCGCACCGGAAUUUAUUACCCUAAGGGGCAGGAAAAGCUUAUGGAAGAUGUACCUCAAGGGGCAGGCAAGGACUUUGACACAAUAAAUUGGUUUAAUUAAGCCGUCUACUAGGGCACUAUAUAUUUUAUAUAUUGCCCAUCUCCUAUAAUUCGUAUAUAAUUGGUAGCUUAUGCAUAUCAAAAAAAGAAAAGUAUCGUGCCUAUUAAAAUAAGUGAAGAUAUAUAAAAUCACUUUAUGCCUAACUUGUUGGGCAUAAAUUUAUU